AUGGUAUCAAGUUUACUUGCUCGUUGCAUAAUUGUAACAAUUGGUACACUUUAUCCUGGAUAUCGAUCUUAUAAAUCAUUAAUUAAUUCAGAUUUACGUGAAGUGGUAAAUUGUCUUCGAUAUUGGAUUGUAUUUUCAAUAUUUAUUGCAUGUGAAACAAUAACUGAUAUUAUUCUAUCAUGGUUUCCAUUUUAUUAUUGGAUUAAAAUUGCUAUUGUAUUUUGGAUAGUUUCACCAGCUGGUUCAACAUUUUUAUAUAAACGUUUUAUUCAACCACUUCUUAAAGAACGAGAACAAGAGAUCGACCAACUAAUCGAACAAACAAGACAAAAAGGUUAUAGUGCAUUAUUCGACCUAACCAAUAAAGGCUUUCGAUAUGCAUCAAAUAUAUUUUUAAAUACUGCCGUAUUGGGUCAAUCUUAUCUCGGUGAACAUUUAAAACGAUCAUUAAGUACAAGUGAUAUUAAUACAAGUCCAACAAAAAUUUUGUCCAAUCCACCUGCUACAUUAAUAGAAGAAAGUGAAGAAGAAACCGAUCCAGAAUUUAUAAGUCGUAUAAAAGAAGAUCGAAAAUAUUUAGCUAAAACAACUAAUCGAAAACCCCUUUCACAUUAUCAAGAAAAACCUGAAGAUUUAUCCGAUAAUCCAUUAGAUGAAUAUGAAAUGUCGAAAGUUAUAGCUCGUAAAGGACGAACGGGAAAUAAAAAAAAUUCAAAUGAAAAUGCUCCUAAAGGAAUCACUUCAAAACGACAAAUAAAACAAACAACCACAAAAAAACCUGUAGUUAAACAAGCAAUAUCAAUCGAACAUAAUGCAGAUAGCUCAAAUGAAACAGAUAAUGAAAUUGAAAAUAUUCGUCAAAGAACUUAG